AUGGCACGAAAAGGAAAUAAGAUUUCGGUAAGACUUGAUCAGAAUCGUAGUUCAGAUUCAAGUCGGUUCAGUGAUUAUUAUUAUGGUAAAUCACUGUAUCAAGAUGUCAAUCUGAGAUCUUAUUUCGGUUCGAUACGUCCACCGGAGAGACUGACCUUUGGCUUUCGUCUCGGUAGGUGUAUUAUUUUACAUUUUCCCAAAAGAACAUUCAUUCAUUUCUUUCUUCCUCGUCGACCACGAGGACUGAAAGGAGGCGAAAAAUCCAAACCCGGAAAGGAGGAGAAGGGCCGGUGGUGGGCAUUUGGGAAAGUCGGGCCAAUCGGGUGUCUUCAUUCAAGCGAGGAUAGAGAAGAAGAACGAAAGGAAGAGGAAUUUCAUGCCGCUCCGCUUAAGACUCCUUGCUCCUUCGGAGGGGUUCGGACUCCUCAUCUGGAGCUUGAUUUACUCCCCCAAGAUAAGGAUGCCUUGGAGGCAGAGAAAAGAGUCGAGUCGAUCAGGCUCUCAGACCGGGAAAAGCAAAAGGCAAUUCGGAUUUGGCCGAAAAAGAAGGAAGGCUAUGGAUACCAUGACCGAUCACCAUCUCGAAAGAUUCUUCUUUCUAAAUUACUUCGCGUCAGCGGCGGGGCCUUCAAGCAUCCGAAAUAUGCCGGAGUUGUAAAUGACAUAGCCUUCCUGAUAGAAAAUGACGACUCCUUCAGAAAAACGAAGUUAUUCAAGUUCUUUUUCCCAAAUCAGUCCCGCUCCGACGGCCCGACGAGUCAUCUACUGAAAAUCACCCUCCCCGCAGUGCGCUCCUCCUUUCAUUAUUUGGUCAUGCAAUACUUAUUGAAUACAAAGAACAAAAUGCAUUUCGACCCCGUCUACGUUCUCAAUCAUUUCGUGGCACCGGGCGUGGCUGAACCAUCUACUCAGGGGGGAGCGAAUACACAGGGAAGAAGCUUAGAUAAGAGAAUACGUUCUCGCAUCGCUUUUUUUCUAGAAAGCUCGACCACUUUGACUUUGGCCGAAGCCAAAAAGAGGUUGACCCACUUCAUUCGACAAGGGAAUGAUCUUCGUUUCGCGGGAACAAGAAAAAGAAGCAUCUCGCUCUUUCCUUUCUUCGGUGCUACCAUAACAUUGAGUUCCAUUAAGAAAAAGCAGGAACAUGAAUUAGAUGGAACCGCGGAGUGGGACCGGGAACAUGAAGGUUUCAGUUCCAUAAACAAGUCCUUCGCCUCUAAAAGGGUAGAAAACUCCUCAAGAGGAGCCGUCCGGAGUCCGAAGGACUUUCCAUUAGUAGAGUUAGGAGCAGCUAUAUGUGAGCGGGAGGGGAUGGAUAAAAACCUUUUUUUUGAGGAUACCCGGGAAGAACUCCUAGGUCAAUUAAGGAUCAAAUCUUGGAACCUCAUGGGUAAGGAUAAGGUAAUCGAAUUGAUAGAGAAAUUCAUAGACCUAGGUUGGAUAGGAGAAUUGAUAAAGGGAAUAGAGAUGAUGAUAGAGAUCAUACUGAGAAACAGAAGAAUUCCCGUAGGGUACAACUCUUAUUUGAACGAAGUGCAAAAAAUGCGAUCUUUCUUGUCUAAUAGAACAAAGACUAAUACCUUAAUUGAGUCAGUCAAGAUCAAAUCUGUUUAUCAAAGUGCUUCUCCGAUUGCUCAAGACAUCUCUUUUCAACUGAGAAAGAAAACAAGAUCAUUUCGUUCCAUUUUGAGUCAAAUAGUUCAGGAUAUUCCAUUUGUAAUGAAUAAAGGGGUUGAGGGGAUCCGUAUAUGUUGUUCAGGUCGAUCAGAAGGCGCGGAAAUAGCUAGAACUGAAUGCGGAAAGUAUGGAAAAACAUCUCGUAAUGUAUUUCACCAGAAAAUCGAUUAUGCUCCUGCGGAAGUAUCUACUCGUUAUGGAAUCUCAGGUGUCAAAGUGUGGAUUUCAUAUAUCAAAAAGAAAAAGGAAGGUGUUAUAUCCGAAACGUACGAAAUAUAG